CUCUUUCUCGCGCGAAAUACUCCGCUUGUUUCGUCGCAUACUUGUCGUUGCUCUUAUCGGCUAACUUGCUGGCCGCCUUGCUCAUACCUCUUACCGCUAUUUUCAAGCGGCACGCGCGGCUGCCAGGUUGCAAUCAGUUGUGACUGCGACUGGGCCUGCACCCCCUUAGGUUGGCUCCAAGCCCCCAACGACUCGUAGCCCUCCGUUUCUGCAUCGCCGUUUUGCGCAAGCCAGCGUCGUCAGCACCCAGUUCACGUUCUGUAAGUAGCAGAUAGCGGCCUUCCAAGGAAGCGGAUGUGACUCUACCAAGUUCUACACUUAGUUCGAUACGAAACCCCCAUUGUCGGCUGCCCUACGACCCUCCCACCCUUAUCGUUACCACGAGCUCGAGCCCGAAUCUGAAUCUCAGCCCGAACCUGACCCUGCGCCGCACGAUCGACGUAUCCGCUCCGUCCCUGUCCUGUCGUCGUCCAACCCGUCCCUCACGUUCCCGUCCCUCUGGAUCUACCGCCAUGGCUUCUUCUUCCUUCCGAGACUCUAUAAACUCCCUUGGCUGGAGUCGUCGUGAUGAGCCUGUCAAUACUUCGCAGCAAAGCGGCCUGCUCUCUUCCAUACAGAGUUUAAACCCCUUUCAAGGUGGAAGUGGUUAUGUUCGCCUUCCCACCACCGAGAGUGCCGGCGCACCUCUGCCUGCGCCCACCCGGCGUGAAGAGGAGGAGGGCUGGUUUGUUCUUAGCCGAUGGGAUCGAUUGUUGAUCUUUGGAGCUUGCAACCUGGCUGCUGUGGCAUGUUUCGUCAUCUGCUUCACUCUGUUCCCUGUCCUCUCUUUGAAGCCACGCAAAUUUGUCAUCUUAUGGUCCGUGGGAUCUCUCAUGUUUCUGGCGUCGUUUGCCGCUGUUAUGGGUCCUAUGAACUACGUCUAUCAUCUUUUUUCGACCCCUCGACUACCGUUCACCGCGGCAUACUUUGGUUCCAUCACAUUGACGCUUGUGUUUGCUUUGAAACUUCACAGCACAAUUCUCACCGUGUUUUCUGCCCUCGUCCAACUCGCAUGCUUGGUCUGGUACUUGAUCAGUUACUUCCCUAUGGGAUCUACUGGUUUACGUUUUGCCACCUCUUUUGGAGCGAGACAGGCAACAGCCUGGAUGACUGGGUAGAAAGUAUCUUUGCCUGUAGAGAGCGAGUGCUCUUGAGGUUUACAUUUCUUUUGAACUCACUUGUUCUCGUAAUGCUGUCCUUUUCCCUGUAUGACCGUUGCGCAUCUUGUGUAAUACUAGCAAAGAAUGGGUAAAAGUAGAUUGCUUUUUGCAAGGAAACUUGUUGUAUUUGAAUAACGGAAAGUAUAAUGUACACUAUCAAUCACUCUU